CAUUCACACGACGUAGGGAGGCCGAUUUUUCUUAGCAACGAAGUAGAAAAUCUCAGAAACAAAAAGACCAACAAAAACACAACAUUUCCACUACAAAUUGAUUGACGAGAGGAAGGAAUCGGAGGAAACGAAGAACAAUUAUGGAGGGAGAUGGUCCGCCUGUGAAUGAUUGCUGCACAAUUUGCCAUGACAACUUCGACAUUCCUUGCCAGGCUAAUUGUUCUCACUGGUUUUGCGGGAGAUGUAUCUUACAAGUUUGGGAUCAUGCAGCAGCACUCCAACCAUGCAGAUGUCCUUUGUGUCGCCGUCCCAUUAACUUGUUAAUACCUACUGAGGCCUCCCAGCAACAACGCGUUAAUCCAGAAGUUGCAAAUAUUUUAGGGAGACUGGAAAUGUAUAAUCGUCGAUAUGGUGAACGCGCCAGUGAUUUCAUGCAGAGGCUGCGAGAUCUUCCAUUUCUUCUUCGAAGGUUAUUGAAUGAUUUGCUAGAUCCUCAUAGAUCUUUGCCAUUCGUCAUCAAAGCUCGGAUUUAUUUGGCAGUGUUCUUCAGUGCCAUAUACGUAUUGAGUCCAGUGGACAUUAUUCCUGAAGGAGUACUUGGAGUCAUUGGCCUUGUAGAUGAUCUGAUCCUCGUACUUAUCUGCCUCGUACAUGUCGCUGCCCUUUAUCGAUCUGUUCUUGUUUUCCGUCAUGGAGGUUAACAAGGUUUUCCGGUGGUUUGUGGUCGUUCAGAAGAAAAUCCAGAUAUAUUGGUGUCCUAGUAGAUUUUUUUGAUUGUUAUCGUGGUUGUGAAAUUGUGACUUUUCUUUUGUACUCAAAUUAAUUCCUAUGUCUAGAAAAAUAGUUUCCGUAUAUAUUCACAUUUCCUAAAUUUUCAAGGC